AUAAUUUCUCACAGAAUCGAGGUUUGUGCAAAUUGAGUGGCCCUAUUAAGGAAACUGCAACGAAACUGAAGCAGCUAAGCAAAUCUGAGGAGGGGUACAAGUGCAUUUGCGACUGUCCCUGCGAUCCCGCGACAAAAAAAGAUGGAUUCUGUCCCAAGUGCAAAUGCGGACAAUUUGACGCUGACAAGUUGGGGGAAACUGGCGACUGGUUUUGUAAUAGCUGUGGCGGAGAGUGCGUCUGCGAUCUCGUGAGUCUCGACGAUGAUUCUUCUGAAACGAAUCAAGACAAGACGAGAAAUUGCGAGUGUGGAUGCAAAGACGAUCAAAUCGCUUGCGAAUGCGGCUGUGGAAUCGUGAACUCAAACGACGUCGCUGAAACAGGCGAUAUUUCAAAAACAGUGGCUAGAAAAUUGUCCGAAGAUUUGGACGGAAUAAUUUGCAAAGAUUGCGGAAAUUGCAAGUGCGGUGAUGACCACUCCAAGUGCCCGGAUUGCAUCGAGGCUUGCACCUGCUCCUGCACUACGAAAACGGUGCCUGAAACUUUACCAACUCGUAACGAAAUUCAAUCAGGCAGCAAAAAGAGAGAAUUACAAGACCCUGAUACCUGUGGUCCUCGUUGCGCGUGCAGCGAUUCCAAUAUCAAGAGUUCGGAGAACGAUGUCGUCGACGAGCUCAGGAGAAGAUUCGUGUUUCCAUCAGGAAACAGAGGCAAUUCUGACCUGCACCCAUGUUUCGAAUGCGAGCAGUCAGAACCUUGCGACGUUUGCUUUGCCGAAGAGCUGAAGAGAUUAGACGAAUCAAAAGUCACCGCGCGUUCCGUUCUUAAGCAGUCUUUCAUACCCGCUUCGUCAAUACCGUGCGAAGAAUGCUUGAAAUUCGGUACCCAACGAAGCAAAGAUGGUGGGAAGACAAGUCAAAUGUGCAAUCUGUGCCAAGUGCGGGAGAUAGCAAUCGUUGGUGCUGAGAAGAUCUCAGAAAUAAUCGUUGAAGAUGAAGGAAGCGGAGACCAGAUCGUUUCAAAAAAAACUCACGACUCAAAUUGUCCCUGCGGUUGCGACGCGACGGUGUCGACAAACCCAGAUCAGUGCCUCUGCGGAUGUGACGUAGAUGCGAACGUUCAUCGGACGAUCAAAAAAGACAGUUGUCCCUGCGGGUGUGGCGAAACGACAGGCCAACACGACGCGUUGCAGGAACCUGGCUGUGACUGCGAGUGCGCCAAGGGUGGAGUGCACUGCGACUACUGUUGCUGCGUGGAUUCCGUCGUGAAAAUGUUGAACGAUGAUAAAAUGAAGCGUGAAACAUCCCCGGAGACUUGUCCUUGCAUCGAAGAUAGUAACCGCGACGCCGAGAUGGAGCGUCUGGCCAAAACGCUUCAGCAGGAGGUCGACUCCAUCGGCAGAAAAAACUACGUUCUCCAAAAGCUCGUCGCUCAGUGCGGCUGCUCCUCAUCUCAAAUUAUCCAGGGCUCCUGUCCUACGGAUGGUUGUCCCUACCACGACCCUGCGCCGUUAAGGCCAACCAUUUCUGGUCUACAGACAGCCGUCGAAUUGCUCCGUGUGAAAAAUCGCAGCAAGGAUGGAAUGAUCGCGGCUCUGGCCGAGAAUCUGAGAGGUAUGGUAGACCCUGGGAAAAUAAUCGAGAACUUGACUACUUCAGUAGCCGCGGCAACCGAACAAGACUUUGACCAGUGCAGGCUGUACAAUUAUCUGAACAGCUCAGAUUUCGUCCAGAUUAACGGCGUACUGCCGAGCCGGGAUAAAAUUUUCCCUCGAGACCAAGAAUCGGAAAUUGCUGAAGCUAGGGACCCGGAAAUAAAUCAAUCACGUCGUGGCGUUCCCCCGCCACGAGACUUUGCAGUCGCGAAUAAGAUCUGUGACGAUUGUCUUCUAGUCGCAUGGAGACAACCGAAUGAUAUUUCGUUCGUCAAUGGUUACGAAAUCCUCGUUAACGGGUAUUUGGCAAACCGCGUUAGGUCGCCCACGCGCACCGAAGCACUCUUGGUUUCUCUUGACACGUCACGUCCGGUAUUGUUAACCCUGUACUCAGUUGGUCCCGGAGGAUCCUGCUCCGAGCCCUUAAGGAUUACCCACCCACACUGUCCCUGUAUCGAUAACCAACACGUCUUCGGAUGAUCACUGAUCAGGUACUCGUUUGUUCUAUUUUCUUCACAGGGAUUGAAGCCUUUGCAAUCUUGCUAUUUCAAUUUAUGUUGCAAAAGUUACUGAAAGCUCAGAAUUAAACAUAAAAUAGUCUUGUGUAUUUUCAAAAAUUAAUAACCAAAUAAAAUUGAGAUUUAAUAUAAUCUUUCGUAUUCGUUUCGUUCGAGCCGCAGAGUACUAUGGGAGUAAGAAAUUUGUCGGGCCGUUUCUUUUCUUGAUAGUACAAUUAUGAC